AUGCAGUCUGGUAUUUCAGGUCUGCACCCUCCCAGGAUGCAUCCUUUCAGCUCCACACUGCUGCUUCUGUUCUUCUUCACCGUCCUCUUUGGGGAACCGAUGGGAAGAUAUGUCUCCAGCUGGAGCCCCCAAGAUGCAGGCGUCCAUUCCAACCCCACUCAUUGCUUGGAGAGAAAGCCCAGCUCUGGGAAGACAGAGCUGAAAUCCAUGCCAGCCGUCCCAUGCUGGCGCCGGGGGCGCCCAGCCCAGCUGUGGGAAGGGAUCUCUCUGUUCCGGAGAAGAGGCAAUGCUGCACCUCAGAGGUCACUGCUGGUGGACCGGGAGAAGGAUCUCUCCACCUACAACUGGAACUCAUUUGGCCUGCGAUACGGCAAGAGGCAAGCAGGCGUGGAGGAAGCCAACGUGAAAAUAUGGUGA